AUGUUCCUCUCUUCCUCCCUCCUGUCUCUCUUCUACCCUCCUGGUGGCCUAUCAGUGGACUGCAUCUCAGAUCUUGUAGAGAGUCAGUCCCGCCUGUUGGAGGCGCUGCAGCUGUCCCACCCUGCAGAGCUGGAGCUGAAGAAGACUGCAGCCGGAGCCGGGGGGCGGACCCAGACCAAGCUCAGCCUCAACCCCAUCUAUAAACAGGUCCCCCGCGUGGUGGAACGCUGCUGCUGUCACAUAGAGAGACACGCCCAGCCUCAGUCAGUAGUUUACCCCAUGUACAGGGGAGCAGGGGGAGCAGGAACGGUAUAUAAGCCCUGGCUGUGCUCGCAGUACUUCCAGACCACCCAGAUGCACUGCAGUAAGAGGAUCCCGUGUGGCCAGUACUGUCUGGAGGUGCAGCAGAGGUGUCCCUUUAUCCUGCCUGACAACGACGAUCUCAUCCAUGGAGGAAGUCCCAGUUUCAUAUGCACAGGGCUGUUGGAGGAGUACCCUGGGGGUGUGGAUGCAGAUGCAGAGUGCUGUGAUGUCCGGUGGGACUUCCAGACGGAAGCAGACAACAACCGUUCUCGGGGGACCCUCAAAAGAACUCACCCAUCCUGUCACCACCGAACCMCUCUCAGUUCCUCGGCCGCGUGCAGACUGUGCAACAGCCGGCUCAAACUCUGCCUGCUAGUCCUUGUCCUCCUGCACACUGUUGCCUCCCUCACCGCAUCCCACAAUGCAACGGGUGUGGGCUUGGGUCUUCCCGCCUCCCUCACCCCUCUGGAGGAGAGUUCCCCCACCAACGAGGAGUGAUGGGAUGGCUGAGGACUCACGUUGUCAUGGCAACAGCGUGGCUAUGAGGAUUUGAAACAUCUCUGCCUCGGUCGUGAAUGCUAAGUGCUGUGGACUUGACAUCUGCGGCCGCCGUGCUUUCUGGGUAAUGGAGUCUUUGCAGAGGUUUGGGACUACUUGGAGACAUACAAAUCAAUCAAAACAAACAGACUAACAAACGAACAAACAAAGAGAUAAAAAACAUGACUGUGGUGGGAAUGUGGGACAAUGCCACAGCCUUUGUUGACUGCAAAGGCCUCCUCACUGCUGAGUUUCUCUCUCUGCUCUUUUUUACACUGUGUUCCUGUUCUGGCUUUUUGUUGCACUGGCUGACUARGGGAUAACAUUCACUCUCCCUCUUUUUGAAUUUCCAUCCAUUAUGUUUUAUGUUGUUCCUUUAUGGGUCUCUUGCGCAGGAAAAUGUCUCAUCGAUAUAGGAUAGAUAACAUGUAUCAAAAAGCAAAGUUGUGAGUGUGUGRAUGCUUGUGUGUGUGAGUGUGUGUGGAUGUGUGUGUCCACUCUGAAGUCUCCCCUUAUUUGGGUUCCCAUUCCUAAAGCUUCUUGAGAUGUAGGAAAGGACUCUAAAAUGUUAGAGUAGUAAUUUGUUCUCAUGUUCUCUCUCACAGUAUCCCUGGUAAAGUUAACACACACCCACAUUUCUUCAGAUUAUACUACUGGCCAAUCUCUCAAUAUAGAAGACAACCCCUUAACCCAGCCGUAGAUAUACAAAUAUUCCACUCUGAAUCCUGUCUCUACCACACUGUCCAUUCCCCAUGACAUCUUCUCAGUUCAGCACUCCACACACAGGUGUGAUGUUCUACUUUCUCUUUAUUGUUUUGUCUAAUCAAGAUGUGUAAACUCUAUACUGUACUUGCAUGUGGAGGCUCUCUUAAAUGAUGUGAAAUUCACAGCCUUGUUGGUUUGCUUUGCGUAGCCUUAGCCACGCUGUGUUACAGAACACUACUGCACCCCCAAAAGACCACCAGUGCGMUAGCAGUGGCCUCUGUUUUUCACUGCAUUGUUCAGAAAAUGUUACUUAAAUCUCACAUUAAGUAAAGGGCUUAUUGCUAUAUACAUAUAUACACACACUCACACAUCACAAGACGGGUGUAUGGCUUGAGGUAUCUCAUUGUGGCACUGCAUGCUUAAGGGUACAACUUCAAAGGUAAGCAUUUGCUUACAAGGCGGUUCAUGCUUUGCUAUAGAGAACGGGCAGGUGUAGAACCCAGUAUGGAGUAUGUUUGAGGAGAAACGUUGGGCGGCAGAGUGAGGUUGAGAAGCUCAGCGGCAGAUGUUAGCAUUACUGUUUGCAUAAUGGUUAACGAUAGCUGGAAGAAAAGGCAAUCUUUAAGGGCUGUUUUUAUUCUUUCUUUGUCCCGUUGUUUUCUAGAUAAUGAACUGAGCUGAUGGAUACGUGAGUCAGGUUCUGAUAGGUGGGUCAGGUUCUGAUAGGUGAGUCAGGUUCUGAUAGGUGAGUCAGGUUCUGAUAGGUGAGUCAUUGUGAAGUCUGUCUGAUGUUUACUUGUUGUUUCACUCAUAUUCAUGACGCAUUCACAACCUCCGGGAGAGUUGGGGAAUACGACCUGUAAACUCGGAGCAACGAGGUGUGUGCAUUCACGUGCUUUAAAACUAGAUGACACAUGAAUUCACUAAUUAACAGCAAACUAGCUACCUUAACCAUAAACCAAAAGUAGAGCUAUCACACUCAUAAACAAAUAGUGUUAAAAACAAAAAAUACAUUUUUGUGGUUGCAUUUAACUGCCAAAAAUGCUGUCAUCGAAGUCAUUUCCUUAGGUGAUGUCAGAGUUCAGAAUGUCAGAGGUGUCGGGUUCCAAAUCAUUACAACAGGUGUAGACCUUACAGUUUUAAUAAAAAUAAGUGUUAAAAUAUGAUUUA